GAUCGAUGUGAAUCGUUGAAAACGAAUCGGCUCGCUACCAAUUAACUCUCAACCGAGUUUCAUCAGCCAAUUUCAUUCGAGAUCUUCCAUGUCUCUUUAUCAAGUCUUUCUUGAGAAAGCAUGUCUCUGGUGCCGUUGCUAUUCUCCGACUGGUGGGAAGAGCUGAAAUAUCCACAUUGGAUUUUCGACCAAAACUUCGGUCUCGGAAUGUCUCUGGAACAACUGACACAUCCCAGUAUCCUCGAACGCUUCGCGCUGCAACAACCAUCCCGGCGUCUACGUCCAGGGGCUAUGAUGUAUUAUAGUCGACCAUGGGGCGAACUGUUACGCAGCAGAGAAGAAAGUGGUAUAUCGACCAUUAAGGCAGACAAGGACAAGUUCCAGGUGACGUUGGACGUGCAACAGUUCAAGCCGGAAGAGAUCAAUGUCAAAGUCGUGGACAAAUUCGUGGUAGUCGAGGCCAAACACGAGGAGAAGCAGGACGAGCACGGCUGGAUCUCACGGCAGUUUGUGCGCAAAUACAUGAUACCUGAACAGUGCGAUAUCGAUCAGGUGUCGUCGAGCUUGUCAUCAGAUGGCAUGCUGAGCAUCACCGUACCUAGGAAGGAUAAACCGAAGACGCAAAACGAACGGACGAUCAAGAUUCAGCAUACCGGCAAACCGGCGAUCCAGGAGAAGGUUCAGGAAAAGGCUCAGGAAAAAACUCAGAAGAAGAAGAAAAGCGCAAUCCGGUCAAACUCAAGGACAUGUUCACCAAGCUGUCGAGCCAGCAAGAAGAGUCCACCCAUCUCUCCAUGAAAUUUACAGACAAUCUCGUCGUCACGACUAACCAUGAA